AUGGCCAUGGUUUCGUAUCGCUGGCUCUGCCUCGUUCUAGGCUACGCCUUGGUGGCUGGACGCCCGCUUGCAGAGACUUCCGUGUCCAAGGGGGACAUCAACUCGGACAAUAGCUCAUCCAACGAAAGCGUCCAUACCACUGAGGUUCCAGAGCCGAUUGGAGAGCACCUGGCACGUGCUGCAGGGCUGAAGACCCGGAUGCCGGUCUACCUUCAAACUGCCGCCGCCUUACUGAAACCUUUCCUCCUGGCCCUGGUCCUGGGGCCGCAACGGCCGGGUAAGAAGGAGCCCUGGCACAAGCCACUGCAGAUCCUGAUCCUGACCGUGGCUCCCUUCGUGGCCAGCUUCAUCGCGGACUUUCGGAUGACCUUUCACAUGUGGUUCUUCAUCGACGAGGAGGUGAAGCCCACGUUCCGCCUCCUUGGCACGCUGAUGGUCAUCGGCAACUCCCCGAAUCUGGCAACGUCAAGCUGCAUCGCCGGCUCGCUGAUGCUGACAUCAAGGGCCCAUGGCUGGGCGAGGCAGGCGCAGCAACCACAGCAUUCGGAGAAUUCCGGGCCCCCGACCAUCUCCGAACGUUUGCUGUCCAUCUUAUUGCCCUGCGUGACAAUCGUGGGCAGCAUAUGCUUCGUGGUCACGGUGUUCCCUCUCAGUCUUUUCCUGGUGUCCACGGUGGUUGCCUACUUUUACAUCAGCCUCCCCUUGUUGUUCAUGGCUGCCGUUUUCGGCUAUCGCAUCGGUCCAUAUGGAAUGCUGGGCCUCAUGAAGCUUCGGAAGGCAGUCACAGAGGUGUGCUGCCCGAAGCCAAGCGGUAGCUAUGAACUCUGCGACCUCCAACCGUCUGAGGAGGUGCUUAAGGCUUAUGCAAAGGGGCUCCCAGAGGGUUUGGACUACAAGCAGAUGUUUCUGGAAGACAAGGAGUGGGUCGAACUGACUGGCUCCACCUACGAGGGCUGGGCAGGAUAUUUCUUGCUCCCUGCGAUUGCAGCCUUCUUUCCACUGGCCUCUUCAGUAGCGGUGCGGCUGUCGGUGCGCGAUGGCUACUGGCCGGCGCUGGUCGACUCCUGGAACGACAGGCAUUGGAACACUUGGAUUGACCACCUGCUGGCAACGGGCACCAAGGUCGUAGGCAAUGCCAAAGGCGUUGCGCCCAGCAGUUGCCACCAUUACCUUGAAGUGUCCGAGAAGUGGCUGAUGGUACUCAGCAACUUGAUCUAG